AUGUCUUCCGCUCAGCAACGCCUGAACCAAGUCUCCUCCCACUUCGGUGGCAAGAAGGGAGCCGCCGGCAUCACCGAGAAACACCCCGAUGACAUUGUCGUGACCUGUGCUCUGCGCACUGCCCUUACCAAGGGUGGAAAGGGUGGCUUCAAGGACACUGCCGCCGCCGACCUGCUAGCCGGUGUCUUCAAGGCCGUGAUCAACAAGAGUGGUAUCGACCCCAAGGUCGUCGAGGAUAUUGCUGUCGGCUCCACUGCUGCCGUCAAGAGUCUGAACCGUCAGUGCUCUAGUGGUCUUCAGGCCAUCGUUGAUAUUGCCAAUGCUGUUCAGUCUGGCAUGAUCGAUGUUGGUAUCGGUGCCGGUGUUGAGAGCAUGUCCUCCCAGUACGGCCCCGGUGCCGUCACUGAGUUCUCUGAGCUCCUUGAGUCUCACCCCGAGUCCGCCAACUGCAAGGUCCCCAUGGGUGUUCUAAGGCCCUCAAGGCCCAGAAGGCUGGCCUCUUCAACGAGGAGAUCGCCCCCCCUUGAUGUCAAGUGGACCGACCCCAAGACUGGCGAGGAGAAGACCAUCACAGUUAAGGCUGAUGAUGGAAUCCGUGAGGGCAUCACCGCCGAAUCUCUGGGCAAGAUCCGCCCUGCUUUCGCCAAGGACGGCUCUAUUCACGCCGGUAACGCCUCUCAGAUCUCCGACGGUGCUGCCGCCGUCCUGCUCAUGAAGCGCUCCACCGCCGAGCGCCUCGGCCAGAAGAUCAUCGGCAAGUACGUUUCUGCCAGCGUUGUCGGUGUCAAGCCCCUGCUCAUGGGUGUCGGCCCCUGGGCUUCUAUUCCCCUUGCCCUCGAGAAGGCCGGUAUCACCAAGGAUGAUGUCGACAUCUACGAGAUCAACGAGGCUUUCGCCUCCCAGUGCGUGUGGUGUGUCAACGAGCUUGGCCUGCCCCAGGAGAAGAUCAACCCCAAGGGUGGUGCCAUUGCCUUCGGUCACCCUCUUGGCUGCACCGGUUCCCGCCAGGUCAGCACCCUUCUGACUGAGCUCCACCGCACAAACAAGAAGGUCGGUGUCACCUCCAUGUGUGUUGGUACCGGUAUGGGCAUGGCCGCUGUCUGGGUUGCCGAGUAA